AUGCUACUCACACCGACCAAAGUUUCAAGAACGGGUGACUCGGCAAACUCUGAUGACAACAGUGGUAAACACUGUAACUCGUUCAUGCGCUCCAUCGUUUCUUCCUUUAUGGUCAAGCCAAUAACUUCCCUCACCAAUACAGUCUCAAGCGGUAAAAGUUCUCGACGCAACAGUUCCCCUAGUAAAAUUACAAGACACGAUUUGAUCAAAGCUGCCGCUGAAAAUGACUUGAAAAGAAGUAAGUCUCAAGGGCGGGACAAACCUACGAGAAGCUCCAAUGGUAGGAACAAUGAAAAAAUCAUUGUGUCUAGUACUGCUUCAAAAAUCCAACGGGCUAAAAGCAGUAUAUAA